UAAAAUCCCUCACUUGGGCCAGAGGUUGGAUCUCCUGCUCACUGUUCGUGAGCUCCCUGAGAACAUGAGAGAUUUGGAGCCUCUGAUAAACCAGAAGAUCCAAGCCAGUAAGCAGCUGCAAUCCAGCCAGAAGUUUGUUGCUGUUUUGGAGUACAUUUUAGCCAUUGGGAACCAUCUAAACGAGAAGGCUGGAAAGGAGGUGGCGAGAGGAUUUCGAUUGUCGUCUUUGGCCAAAUUACCUCUGCUGAGGGGUAAAGAGAGGACGUUCACUUUGCUUCACGCCCUUGUGGAACAGAUCCUCUUACAUGAGCCUGAUCUGGCCACAUUUUCUCAGGAGUUGACAGAAUUUGAAGCUGUUCCUGAUGCUUCCAUGAAGGGCCUCAGUGCUGAAGUUGAUGUUUUAAGGAAAGAAUUGGAAAACAUUAUUCAGUGCAGGAGGCUUAUUAAACCCAAGACAAUCAAGGCAACACCCCAGGAAUUACAGUUCUGCAAGGAACUAAAGGAUUUAAUUCAGAAAUACGAAGGGGAUCUAUCCCAGCUGUCAAAAAGAUGUGAUGAAAUGAAGAAGCUUUAUAGCAACGUACUGGUAAAGUUUGGGGAGCCACAAGACCUGGACUCCCAAGAACUCUUUGGAUGGAUAUCUUCCUUCAUUAGUGAGUUUAGGAAGGCCUGUGCUGAAGUCACACCAUAAGGAGAACACAGACCUUAUAGAGAGGUGAGGGAAAGAGGAGUCCAGGAAACAAGAUUUAUUUGGUUUGUUACUUACUGAUAAAAAGCACAUAACCAGUAUCUGUACAGCAGAACACCUGAUUUUGAGAGAUAUUCAGUUUAUAAUGUGUAAUUUGUAAGUGGUAUUUGUAGAAUCCCAGAUGACUCAAGAGCCUCUCUCUUAAUUUUUCUGAUGUACACGUUAUAGUACCUUGAGAUUCCUGUAUAUUUAGAAAGGAAACACUUCUGACAUUUUAUAACUUCUCUUUUCAAUCUUCUCCUUUGAUACCCAGUCUUCUGACUCAGUUUUAACUAUUAUUUUCAAUGAAUAAGUUUCUGUAUGGUCUUCUGAUUUCUAAAUAAUACUUUCCCAAGUUUAAUAAUGAAAUUGGGAGC